ACCCAUAAUAACCAAAAUACCAACAUCUCUCUUGACAUUUUUAAAAAAAAAAAAAGAAAAAGAGGAAACGCCCGUUCGUCUUCUCUUGAUGAUUUUUUCAACUUCUCUUAAUACGCACCUUAAGUCAUAAACUCUUUCCACUCGUUUAGUUAUAUUUGGAUUUUGUGCAUUCACCAGAUGUAGCAAACACUCUUAAGACCUGUGCACUUCAGCGUAUUUGAGCUUUGGCCAUUAUUCAUCUUCUAUCUUUCAACUUUUUGGGCCUUUGAAAAACAAUCGAUAUUGGCUGGCCCUAAACCAUAGUAAUAGUGCAGAACGGUAUUGGUGUUUUAAUGGAAGCCUAAUAAUCUUUUUGCAUUUUGAAUAUUUAGGGCAAUGAUCGUCUGUGCUUACUUAAAAAAGGAAAUAGAAAUGCUUACGAGAGGUCAGUCAUAAACUAAUACACUCAAAGACCCGAAUGAAUCUAUGGAACCGCAAGUGAUGUAAGACAGGUGUGGUGGUGGCCAUGUGAAACACUACACAAGCAGACAUUUUAUUAUUGCAAAUGCAUUUCGAUUGGAGACCCCUCCCCGAUGCGACAUUGCCAACUUCGGGCCAUGUGCCCCAUCCUCAGGGGGUACAAUCGUCAUUUCUGAAUCCUUUGCUUCACCAAUUUAUAUAUAUAAAGCUUUUCAGGAGAUCUGAGAGGCGAAGAAGUACACCAAUCAAGAAGAGUGAGAGAGAGAGAGAUGGGAGUCAUGAGUUUGAGCAGCAUGAUAAUGGUGGUGGCGAUAUUGUUAGGACAGGGGAUUGGUAAAGUGUCGUCGACUCUAUACAAAGUUGGAGACUUGGACGCAUGGGGUAUCCCAGUUGAUGCUAAAGUCUACUCCAAAUGGCCCAAAUCUCACUCUUUCAAGAUCGGUGACUCCCUCUUGUUCUUGUACCCACCAAGCGAAGACUCGCUGAUUCAAGUGACGUCCUCCAAUUUUAAGAGCUGCAACACCAAAGACCCAAUCUUGUACAUGAACGACGGCAACUCUCUCUUCAACCUCACCCAAAACGGAACUUUAUACUUCACAAGUGCACAUCCAGGCCACUGUACCAAGUACCAGAAGCUCCUCGUCUCCGUCGGGACCUACUCCGCCGAAGCAGAGGCCUUGUCUCCGUCGUCGUCUGCCGACGCUCCCUCUUAUCAAAACGCCUUCGGGUCCAUUCCUCUCUCUCAGAAAUCGUCGUCCUCAUCGCUCAUUUCGGCUUUCUCCAUUGUCUUUGCUUCGCUGGCUUGCGCUGUCGUCGGUGCAAUCAUGUGAAAAUGAAUAUUUUUUGAAUAUUUUAUUUUAUUUUGUCCAAAGAGCA